AUGGAGCUGUACGGCAAGAUGGCUGCCACUCAGGACAUGAAAGGGAAGGGCGAGGGAGGAGACCAGAACUUUGACUACAUGUUUAAACUCCUGAUCAUUGGGAACAGCAGCGUGGGCAAAACCUCCUUCCUUUUUCGGUACGCGGACGACGCCUUCACCUCCGCCUUCGUCAGCACCGUGGGGAUCGACUUUAAAGUGAAAACUGUCUACAAGAACGACAAAAGGAUCAAGCUACAGAUCUGGGACACAGCGGGGCAGGAGCGUUACCGCACCAUCACCACGGCGUAUUACCGCGGCGCCAUGGGCUUCAUCCUCAUGUACGACAUCACCAACGAGGAGUCCUUUGGAGCCGUGCAGGACUGGUCGACCCAGAUAAAGACGUAUUCUUGGGAUAACGCGCAGGUGGUGCUGGCUGGAAACAAAUGUGAUAUGGAGGAGGAGCGGGUGGUGUCUGUGGACAGUGGACGUCUGCUCGCUGAACAGCUCGGUUUUGAAUUCUUCGAGACAAGCGCCAAAGACAACAUCAACGUGAAGCAGACGUUCGAGCGCCUGGUGGACCUGAUCUGCGACAAGAUGUCCGAAAGCUUGGACAGUGACCCCGCCGUGACCUCCGGAGCCCCCACCGCCAAACUGACGGACAGCGCCCCCCCUCUGCAGCAGCAGGGGUGCAACUGUUAG